GCCCCAUUAUUCCAAUCUCAUAUCCCUCCUCAAUCAAUAAUUCAUCUAUUAAGUGGUUUCUCAGAUAGCCUUUUAUCUCUAUAUAUAAUUCAUGGCUGCACUCGUUUAGGACCAACACAAUUCAUUCACAUCCUAAAACGUUCAAAAUUCAAAAACUUAGUUUCAAGAAUUUCUCAAAACCCUUUUGUUCUCAUAUUUCUCACACGGUCAAUACAACAAUGGGCUUUCGUUUGCCUGGUAUCAGAAAGACUUUAUCUGCCAGAAAUCAAGCAUCUUCAAAAGGGUUGGAUGCACCAAAGGGCUACCUUGCAGUGUAUGUGGGAGAGGAUAUGAAACGAUUUGUGAUUCCUGUAUCACACUUGAACCAACCUCUAUUCCAAGACUUGUUGAGUAAAGCAGAGGAAGAGUUUGGAUAUGAUCAUCCCAUGGGUGGCCUCACAAUUCCUUGCACCGAAGAUGUCUUCGAACAUAUAAUUUCUUGUUUGAGUGCACAAUAAAUCUCAAUUUUUUAGGCUGACAUAGAUUAUAGUAGUAACAAUUUUGUAAAAUAGGAAUAUUCGCAACUUGUAAAGUUAUCUCUUUCUUGAGAAUUUGGGAAAUGAAAUAUCAUCGGAUUGACGAAAUCA